AGGCGAGGUACUUCUAUGGUCGUUAGAAGCAACCCAAACACCACUGAAGAAGAAGGAAAGCCGUGCCUGUUUUUCCACGUACUGUUCUAGGAUCAGCGAAAAAUGACGGAAAAGUGAACGGUGGAGUGGCAAUUCAAGAAAAGCGAGACUGAGAAGGGAAGAGCAGAGGGGACAGGGAAGGAGAGAACUCCCACGGGAGAACCUCAGCAAAUGUAAAAAAAAAAAAUUUUUUAAAAGUAAAAGAAGCAGUGAAGGGUGAAGUGAACACGCAAAGGAAGGCGUGACCAGGGAGGAGUUGGGAAGAAAGGAAGCCCUUUGAGGGGGACGAGGAUGGAACCCAAUACCUGCGCGGAGAGCGAGAGGCUCGGCGGGGAGGCGGCCAAAAUGGAGCACGUGCAUGUGCAGGGGCAGGGCAUGGCCCUGGAGCAGGCCCUGGAGCAGAUGGUGGGGGGGCUGCAGCAGAAGGUGCUCUGCGACGGCCAGGGCGACAGGCCCAACGGGGGCCCCCACGAGGGCGGGCCGAGUCAGGGGCCCGGCGAGGGGGGCUUCGUCCACACGAUUCCGUUCGCGGAGGUGGUCUCCCUCCUGGACCCCAACAUGAAGAGCACCAAGGCGCGCAAGUACCAGAUCCUGUACGACGAGGUCAAGCGCCGGCUCGACCCCCCGGAGAAGAUGUCGCUGCGCUCGCUGGCGGCCUACACCCGCGUGAGCCGCGGCCCCGCCAGCAAGCGCACCCUGCUGGAGUCCCUGCAGUCCAUCGGCCUGGCGCCUAGCGCCAACACCGCCGUCUCCAGCUCCUUCUCCAAACUGACGGAAGGGGACACGGCCGCCCUGUGCAGGGACAUGAGGGAAUUCGCCUCCCAGUACAUGAACUACGACACGAUGGUGAAAACGCUGCUCCCUGAGACCAACCACGUGCAGCACUGGUCAAAGAUCAUCGAGACAAGAAACCACCUGGAAGACAUGCGGAGGUGCUUCCACGACCCGGAGAACAGCCGGACGUUCGACAGCGUCACCCACGGCUUCGGCACGGCCAUGCUGGACGUGGCCUUCGACAUGAUCGAGCGGGUGAUAGACAAGCAGAUCCGGGUGCUGUCGGGGAACCCCGAGCCCGAGGAGCCGCAGCAGGAGAAGCGCGGUCGCAAGCGCAAGGCCCGGGCCCGGCCGGACGGCGAGGCGGAGCCCAAGGCCAAGCCCAGGACUCCCAGGACCCCGCGGGCCAAGGGCGAGGGCCGGGGCAAGGCCGCCAAGAAACAGCAGCUCCUCGCCGCCCCGGUGGCCGUGGCGACCGCGGUGCCGCUGCCCGUGCCGGUGCAGGAAGCGCCCGCCGACAUCGAGAGCAGCGUCCUCACCCUCGUGUCCGUCGGUUACGAGACCAUCUCGAGCGGGCUGUGAUUGGAGGCCGCCGCGGACGUACGGGGACGGUGCUGCGCCGUAUGGGAGAACACACCUGGGGGGGGAGUUGAGGGUGAUCAGUCUUGUUUUAGAUUUACUAGUUUACUAGCCUGUUUUGUGCUUUAAUUAAUUUUGUUUGAGAGUGCCACUGUCUUAUGCUGUACUGCAUACCAGGGGCAAGGGAUGGCAUUUGGUGUUUUUUUUAGUUAGCGUAAUAGCUAAAUUUACUUUAAAAGUAACUUCAAAAAAAAAAGCCAACAAGCUGCCUAGCUAGUAGCCCAGGUUUCUGGUGGUGUGGGGACAAGUUUUUUGUUUAUAGAUGGUAUUAGGGCAUAAUCUUUUGUAGAAUCUGACAUAAAUACUGUGAGACUGCUGUCGAAACACCAUUACUGUAACAGAUGGGCAACAUACAUGUAACAGGACAAAUGUAAUUGACUAGAGGUGUAACCACAAGUGUGACACCCAGGUGUAAUGGUGCUAAUGUAAUGGACACAGGUGUAACGCCAUUAAUGCUGCAGUUGUGACCACAGCCCCACUCCCGCCCUGUGUACAGCAUCCCCCACACUGAAAGCAUUUUUGGACAGAGCCAAUAGCUACAUCGCUGCCCCCUUGGGAACAGGGAAAAAAAGAAUGAAUUAAUUAAUUUAUUAUGAAAUUGUGCAAGUCUGAGUUGUGCACAUGCGUACACACGUGUGUGUGUGUCCGUGUGUGUGCGCCUGCGCGUGAGAGGGUCGAAGGUUUCUCACCCAGGGGUAGUACUGCUGUACGGCGAUCCGUCAACGCAGGCGAGGGCCAAUCGCAGCAGACCAGAAGACGAGGCAGCAGCCGCUCGGCAGAUGAACGCUUGCCGGGGUUUUAAAUGGAAACUCGUUGUGCGGCCGACCCCCUGGCCCCGACGGCGUCGCAGGGCUGCCGUACAGGACUCACCGCCGUUCGGUCAGCGGCUGUGACGCUCCGAUCUCUGACAGACACGGAGCUCGCGCUCGGUGCUGACCUUCAUCUGGAAGGACCUUAAGGCAGGGCUGACGCCAUCCCACACAACCCGUACCCAGAGGCCGUGCACCAUUUUAAAAAUGUUUCUUUUUUCCGUUAUGUGUAGUCCAACCAACUCCCCCGUUCACACAUAUCAGAUAUUCGCAUAUCAACCCUUCCACUCUAACUCCCUCCGUGUGAAUGCACAAACUCCAUUUUAGGGGCAAGUGCAUUUUUUCCUGUGCUCUACUUUGUCAUGGUUAACCAUCAUUUCCCGCCAUUUCAUUAUUUUUGUGACCUGGGACCUUCAGGUUGAAGUGCUUAGUUUAUUGGUGUAAAAUCACUGGACCUGUAGAGGUCAAUGUUUGUUUAUGUAGCCCGUACAGAGUGGUGGUUUGAAAAGAUAAUUCAGGUACCACUGGAAUCCCAGAAACAUGCUAUAAACAACAAAAUCCUGCCUCCCGGUUUAUUAUUAUUUUUUUAGAAGUUGAACUACUGUGGCAGCCUGUAUUUAUGGACUAUUAUUCAUCUUAAUUAAUCAGGUGAUCAAGACGUUACCGUUUGUGGUGUUUUUCGCUUCUGUGAAUGCAUUACUUGCAUAUGUUACGGCUUUCUUGAAUAGUGUUUUUUUUAAUUUCUUUUUAAGGAAAUCGAUAAUGAAUUAUGAACAUCUUCUUUUGCUUUUUUUCCUUUGUCCAACUUGGCUUUUAGAUUUGGAAACCUUCCAUGAUUUAGAACUAGGAUUUGUUUUUUUGUUUUUUUGUUUGUUUUUUACAAAAAUUAAAAAAGCUUUGGCACAGAA